AUGCCUAUAUUUUGGGGUGUUGCCAAAGAGACUACUAGUAUAAUAAAGAAAGACUUGGAAUUCUCCUCGAGCUCCAAAGAGGUUGAUAUAUUCCUAUGGACGACCGCCGCUGCCCUAGAUUUAAUCGGUGAAGCUGGGCUUGGAUAUUCUUUCAACUCGUUCUCCGGACAAAGAGACGAAUAUAGUACCGCGAUCAAGAAAGCCAAACAAUCCCUGGCCAAACUCGCACCAUUAAUUCAACUCCUCCCAUACGUUCAUCGGAUUGGGACAUCCGGAUUUCGUCAAUGGAUUAUGGAUAUUAUACCAUCCAGCACCAUUCAGAAGCUUCGACGUGCAACCAAGGUCCAGAACGAGCAAGCCGAAGAAAUUAUUCGUGCUCGCCAAGAAUUGCUAUCUGCUGGAAAGGAUUUAUCUUCAGAGACAGGAAGAGGCAAAGACAUUAUGACGCUGCUAAUAAAAGCCAGGGAGUCCGAAGGGGCUGAGUCGUAUAUUGAUCGCCAGUCCAUGAUCGGACACAUGAAUAUAUUCAUUUUCGCUGGCCAUGAACCAAUGAGGUAUAGUCUUGAAGGAAAACAGAUAAACAUGGUCAUAAUCUCGGAUGACAGCGCCUCUAUAACUCGCAUCCUGGAUUUACUCGCGCAGCACACUAGUAUUCAGGAUAGACUGCGAGAAGAGCUCCGCCAUUAUUUCGAAUCGAACCGAGACGAGGUUCAUCAUGAUGCACUCCUCGAAUUACCGUACUUGGACGGAAUUGUACGAGAGUCGCUUCGGCUAUUCCCACCAGUAUCUAAUAUUCCCCGCGUAUGCGUGGAGGAUACCAUUCUCUCUCUGGAUUGUCCCAUUGAUACCCCUUCCGGUAGGGUUACGAGCGUACCAGUCAAGAAAGGAACUAUGGUAUUCUUAAACAAUGUCUAUUUCAAUCGCAAUAAAGCGAUAUGGGGUGAAAGAGCAAACGAUUUUUUGCCCGAGCGAUGGAUGGAGAAGAAGAUCGAUGAGGUGACGGAGGUGGGGUCACGUCUACCCGGAAUAUAUUCGUCGAUGAUGACUUUUGGUUCAGGCUCCUACGCAUGUAUCUCGUCAUUGAUAGUAUUGGAUGGAUCCAGAGGAUUCAAGUUUGCGGUAAUGGAGAUUAAGGUGAUGCUUGCCGAGCUCGUUACUAGCUUUAGGUUCGAGCCCGCUAAUGAAGAAUGUACUUGGGUGAAUAUUGGGCUUGGGCUCCCAUAUGCACCCUAUUUGAAAAAGGAGUUAAACAAUGCGGAUAAAUCUCCCAAAUUCUUUCUUAAGGUCUCCAAGCUGUAA